AUGGGCGGGUGUUGUUUCGUGGCAGGACUGAAGAUGGGCGGACUUUAAAACCAGCCAGGAAAAGACAGGAAAGCAGACACUUCCCCGCACCACAACAAAAAGAAAACGAUGGCUGCCAUUCGUAAGAAACUUGUCAUAGUGGGCGAUGGAGCCUGUGGAAAGACCUGUUUGCUUAUUGUUUUCAGUAAAGAUCAGUUUCCUGAAGUCUACGUGCCCACUGUGUUUGAGAACUAUGUUGCAGACAUUGAGGUUGAUGGAAAACAGGUUGAGCUUGCCUUAUGGGAUACUGCUGGACAGGAGGACUAUGAUCGGUUAAGACCCCUCUCCUACCCUGACACCGAUGUCAUUCUUAUGUGCUUUUCCAUCGACAGUCCUGAUAGCUUGGAGAAUAUUCCAGAAAAGUGGACACCAGAGGUGAAGCAUUUCUGUCCAAAUGUUCCCAUCAUCCUCGUUGGCAACAAAAAGGAUCUCCGAAAUGAUGAUCACACACGAAGGGAACUUGCCAAAAUGAAACAGGAGCCCGUGAAGGCAGAGGAAGGGCGCGACAUGUCCAACCGAAUCAACGCCUUUGGUUAUUUAGAGUGCUCAGCGAAGACGAAAGAUGGCGUGAGAGAGGUCUUUGAAAUGGCCACCAGAGCCGCGCUGCAAGCCAGGAAACGGGGCAAGAAGAGUGGAUGUCUACUGUUAUAGAAACCUGUAGAAGAGUGGAUGUCAGUCAACAGCCCAGGAGACUUCAGAGCAGGGAGCCUAGCAUUCAUGUCCUAGUACAGUCAGCAGCCGUAUCAGACUGAUACUGGGACAUCAUGUCAGACUAACCACGAGAGACCAAUGGAAAGACUUCAGGAACAAGAUGAUGUCAUUUCCUGUUUGGGGUUAAGAGUUUUCUGGUCGCAUCAAGCAAAAAAAAAAAAAAAUUGAGAUCGGAUUUCUAAAAGGACUCUAUAACAAUGAUAUUUGAUGUUAUUCUUUCCCCCUCCACACUUCUUAGCCCCAAACAAAAUGGUUGUCUAAUAAGCAUCCUGUCUUCAGCGACUGUUUUGUACAUUGGACAGAUUGUAUGUAUGUUUGUAUGUUUGUAUAUGUAAGAAUAUGAAUGUUUGUGUCAAAUGAGUGCACGUCCGUCUCCAGGGUGCCAUGUCUUCAUUGUAUAUGCGUGCAUCUGCCCGGCUUUAUUCUGUGCUCAACUAAAGCACACACUGAACAUUGAAGUGGGCUGAAUUGUGUUUAAACUCCCACUUCAGGCUUUUCCUUUUUAUAGCUGAUGUCUCAAAGGAUUCUGGGCUGUACAUUAGGGAUCUAAACCAUUUAGUGAUACUGAUUUAUUUAAAGCUUACAGUUUUUUUUUAUCAUUUGCAUUUAGAAAUAAACUUUUAAGAAAAUCA